GCAACCCAAUUUUACCGUUCCCAUUAUCUUCCGUUUCAUGCUGUCAGAACACAACCUGCUAACGUUAUCCUCCUACACCAAUGCUGCUAACGUAAACAAUGAAUAGAAGACUAACGGUACUCUAUUAGAAACACUGUAAUUCACAACUAACAGAAUCAAGUACUCUCAUCAUGGUGAUUAGCUAUCGUUAGCUACGAAGCUAGGUUACUUGGACAAUCAUUUCAACUUGCUUGCUGACAGGUUAGCGUUAGCUCACGACAGCUAACUUCGCUAUGUGAACUAAGUAAGCCAGGAAAGUGGCGAUAAAGAAACUCCCUGCACUCUCUGGUCGCUCUCAUGUGCCCAUGGAGAAGGCAGCCUUUGAGGGGUGGCUGGAGUCAGUCUCCGUCACUUUCCUUACUCUAAACGACCAGCAACGCAACCAGUCUCUGGACCACCUCAUUUCUUUAAGUGGUGCUGUCCAGCUCCGUCAUCUGUCUAAUGGACUGGAGACACUGCUUAAGCGUGACUUCCUGCGCCUCCUUCCCCUGGAGCUGGCCUUUUACCUGCUGCACUGGCUUGAUCCUGAGACCCUGCUCACCUGCUGCCGGGUCUGCAAACAGUGGAAUAAGGUGAUCAACUCGUGUACAGACGUGUGGCAGGGUGUGUGUCGGAAGCUGGGCUGGAGGAUUGAUGAGUCCAUUCAGGAUGCACCACACUGGAAGGGGGUCUACCUGAAGGCUAAACUUCGUAUGGUGCAGCUGCAGGAUCAGAAGGCCUUUGAGACAUCGUCCCUCAUUGGCCACAGUGCUCGUGUAUACGCCCUCUACUAUAAGGACGGCCUCCUCUGCACAGGAUCUGAUGACCUCUCUGCCAAACUAUGGGACGUGCGCACUGGGCAGUGCAUUUAUGGAAUUCAGACACACACCUGCGCCACAGUGAAAUUUGAUGAACAGAAGCUGGUGACUGGAUCCUUUGACAACACUAUUGCCAGCUGGGAGUGGAGCACAGGAGCUAAAAUCCAGCAGUUCCGUGGCCACACAGGAGCAGUCUUCAGUGUGGACUACAAUGAUGAGCUGGAUGUACUGGUCAGCGGCUCUGCAGACUUCACUGUGAAGGUCUGGGCUUUGUCUGCUGGGGCCUGUCUCAACACUCUGACUGGACACACUGAGUGGGUCACCAAGGUGAUCCUGCAGAAAAGUGAAGUGGAAUCUGUGGUGCACAGUCCUGGUGAUUAUAUCCUCCUAAGUGCUGAUAAGUAUGAAAUUAAGGUGUGGCCUUUAGGGAGAGAAAUCAACUGUAAGUGUUUGAAGACGCUGUCGGUGUCAGAGGACCGCAGCAUCAGCCUUCAGCCUCGCCUGCAGUUUGACGGACGCUACAUUGUCAGCUGCUCUGACCUUGGAGUUUAUCAGUGGGACUUUGCCAGUUUUGAGAUUCUCAGGGUGAUAAAAACGCAGGACCCAGCUAACCUGUCCCUGCUCAGCUUUGGUGAGGUGUUUUCGCUCCUUUUCGAUAACCACUUCCUGUAUGUGAUGGACCUGAGGACAGAGGCGAUCUCGGGCCGCUGGCCUCUACCAGCCUACAGAAAGUCCAAACGAGGAUCCAGCUUCCUGCCAGGUGUGACCUCCUGGCUCAACGGGCUGGACGGGGACAAUGAUUCUGGACUGGUGUUUGCCACCAGCAUGCCCGACCAUAGCAUUCACUUAGUACUGUGGAAGGAGAACGGAUAGAGCAACAACCAGCAAGGACUUCUCCAGACUGCUAGGACAUGAGCCGCCAUCAUGUGGAAUAUAUGAACCAAGAUCCUGCAUGGACCAAAGCAUUUAGUUUUUAUCUGUUUCUUCCUCUAGACACAAACCUGAACAUUCCCAGAUGGAAAUAGAAGGCGAAUUAAGAAAGAUGUGCGACACUCAGUGCUACAUCAACUCUUGCUCCUGAUUUCUGUAGAAACCUGUAAACCUCUCGUUGAUCUUUUGAUCUAGGACAAAUCACUUUUUUUAAAAGCCAAGAUAAAUCAGUAACAAGAAAAAUGGCAACAAAGGUUCCAAAAUAAACAAAACAGAAAUCGUGAUUUAAUAUAUUUUAACGUGAAAGUGUAGAUGUUUUUGGCAGAUUUGCUCUCUGAACAGUUGAGCAUUGUGCAGGGAAAAUAUUUGUAGCUGACCUUUAAUCCAUGGUCUAGUAAUUGGGUGCCAACUUUGGACACGGACCUUUCUUAUCAGGAUAAAACUAAGUGAAAUGUGCUGAGCCCGAACAUGGCCAAAGCCAAGCUGGUCACUGAGCUCAUUUGCCCUAACAUUGCUUUCCUUAAAGAAAAGCAGGGUUGCCUUAAACACAGUUACUGUAAAAAAUGGAGAACAUUUCCUUUGACAUCAGAUUUUGACCUCAAGAGAGAUAUUCCUCAAGGUUUUUACAGGGAUCCCAAGGAAGCUGUGUGCUGAAUGGUGGUGUGGUACAUUGUUGUGUACCAUGUGAAACAUUGUGAGGCAGGUUUUUAUGUAAUUCACUGAAUAUGCUUUUCUAAGGGACUUGUUUAAAUUUCAGCUUGAGAAAUGUGAUGUGCCUUUUCAGUUCAUUUUUCAGUUCAUGUUACAAACAAGAAUUCCUUGAUAACUCUGGCGCACUGCAGUAAGGAGAUGACUGCAUUGUAAAUCUCACUUUUGUGUUGAAUUUUUCAUAUUAACUGCUCUAACGGUCUAAGAUGUCUGUAAUUUUAUAAUUAUCUCACUGACACAACUUGCUCAGUGAAUUGCUUUUAAGAAUCAUUGACUGUGUAAAACUUCAGGUUUAUUUUUCUAAAAGCCUCAUGUGGGACCUCCUGCCCAACGGGAGCUCACACUUGGCGAGUUGUUGGUUCUGUGCAAAUGACUAUUUUAGACUUGAUUUGAAUGGAUGAAUGGAUUUACUGGCAUAACAGAAGAAACUGUGAAACCACGCCUCUUCUUGUGCAUCAGUUUCAACAUCAUGGCUCAAUUAGUUUUUCUACUUCUACAGAACUGAAACUAAGUAGUGCUUGUCCCAGAGUUUUCAUUGAUGUCUUCCUUUGCAUUCGGCAGGCCACAAAGCACCAUGGAUUGGAAAGUACACCAAACCUCAUUUAUGACGGAUUAGUUUUUCCUGUAUACAGACUAACCUGUUUCUCACAUGGAAAAUUGUACACAGCAGAUGUAAGCCUACAGACUGUUCGUGGGUUUAGGUUUUUUUUUUUUUAAUC